UCUUGAACUCUCUCUCUUAUCAUUCCACUCCAUAAUAAAUAAUAAUCUAUCACUCUUCUUUGUGCUCCGAGGUUCAGAUCUGAGCACUCACAGAAAUGGCAGAGGUUACGAUAAUGCUGCUGAAAGUUGACCUCCAGUGCUCAAAGUGUUACAAGAAAGUGAAGAAAGUGCUUUGUAAAUUUCCAGAGAUACGAGACCAAGUUUACGACGAGAAGCAAAACACGGUGACGAUAAAAGUGGUUACCUGCUGUCCUGAUAGAUUGAUGCAAAAGAUAUGCUGCAAAGGCGGUAAAGCAGUCAAGAGUAUCGAAAUCAAGCCACCUGCAAAGCCUAAAGAACCCGAGAAGAAGAAAGAACCAGAGAAGGAAAAGCCCAAGGAGCCCGAGAAGAAGAAAGAACCCGAAAAGGAAAAACCUAAAGAGCCCGAGAAGAAGAAAGAGGCAGAGAAGCCAGAAGAUCCCAAACCAACAAAACCAAAAGUUGUUAUUGUCGACCCACCACCGAAACAGAAGCCACAACCACCCAAGGCGUCUGAUCCAGCACCAACUNAAAUUUCAGAAAUUGAUUGUUUUUGA